AUGUCAUCAACAGGAUAUUCAAAAACAUCAAAACUGGCAUCAAUUGAUGCAAAUCAACCACCUCCAUCAUCACAAUCACAAAAUUCAUCAUCAGCAAUUAUAUCAGAUUCAGAUAUAGAUUUAAAUGAUUCACAAGAAUUAUCAAUAAAUUCUUCUACAAAAAAUCCUCAAUUAAGAUUAAGAAGAUCUUCAUCAUUAUUUUCAUUAAGUUCAAAAGAAGAUAUUCCAAAACCUGAACAAGUUGAAUAUUUAAAAUUUAUAAAUGAUCAAAGACAUUUUAGUUUAAUUAGAAAUUUACAUAUGGCUGAUUUUAUAACUUUAAUGAAUGGAUUUAGUGGUUUUUAUUCAAUUAUAUCAUGUUUAAGAUAUACUUUAACAAAUGAUUUAAAAUAUAUAACAAGAUCUCAAUUUUUUAUUGUUUUAGGUUUAUUUUUUGAUUUUUUUGAUGGUAGAGUUGCAAGAUUAAGAAAUAAAUCAAGUUUAAUGGGUCAAGAAUUAGAUUCUUUAGCUGAUUUAAUAAGUUUUGGUGUUUCACCAGCUACUAUAGCUUUUACUAUUGGUUUUCAAACAACUAUUGAUGUAUUAUUAUUAACUUUUUGGGUAUUAUGUGGUUUAACAAGAUUAGCAAGAUUUAAUAUUUCAGUAAAUAAUAUACCAAAAGAUAAAACUGGUAAAUCUCAAUAUUUUGAAGGUUUACCAAUACCAAGUAAUUUAAUUUGGGUUGGUAUAAUGGCUUUUUUAGUUUAUAAAAAUUGGAUUCAUGAAAAUUUACCAUUGGGUUUAAUAUUUAAAGAUACUCCUUUUGAAUUUCAUUUAAUUAGUAUUGGAUUUGUUUUACAAGGUUCUGCUAAUAUUUCAAAAUCUUUAAAAAUUCCAAAACCAUAG